CUAGGAGCAGAAUUCUUGUCCGCUCUAUGCAGCAGAAACCAAGUGGGGCAAGGAGUCCUAGCUACAGCAGAAACUAGCUGUCGCUUUUUCUGCUAGUGUCUGCUAAAUUUAUCAAUAGCUGCAUCUGGUGAGAAGGCCUUCAGUGAGACUCUGCUAUGUGGUGCUGCUAUGUGCUGCUCUUCAGUGUCCUCUGGAUUAUCGUCUGGUUCUUCCGUGACCGGCAAACUCUAAGCUCCUUUAAGGAUAAGUAUGUUUUCAUCACAGGCUGUGACACAGGUUUUGGGAACAUGCUGGCCAAGCGGCUUGACAAGAAGGGCUUCCAGGUGCUGGCAAGUUGCCUCACUCAGAAAGGAGUUGAUAACCUGCAGCGGGCCAGCUCGCCAAACCUGCGCACCACCUUGCUUGAUGUCACCAACUCUGAGAGCAUCCGCAAAGCCGUGGAGUGGGUGAGGGCCGAAGUGGGGGAAAAAGGGCUCUUUGGUCUGGUGAACAAUGCAGGUGUAGCCUACCCCGUUGGCCCCACAGAAUGGAUGAAUGUGGAGGAUUACCGCAAGGUAAUGGCUGUCAACACCUUUGGAGUGAUUGAGGUAACUUUGGCCUUCCUAUCUUUGCUCAAGCAGGCACGUGGCCGUGUCGUCAACACCUCCAGCACGUGUGGUCGCCUCUCAACCUUUGGCGGAGGCUACUGCCUUUCCAAAUACACAGUUGAGGCCUUCUCCGACAGUCUCAGGAGGGACAUGUACCAUUUUGGGGUAAAGGUCUCCAUUAUCGAGCCAGGCUCCUUCAAGACUGCUCUGACCAAUCCUGAAUCAGUAGAGGCCUCCUUACAGCAACUCUGGGACCAAUUGAGCCCUAAGACCCGGCAAAGUUACGGUGAAGACUUCUUUCCAAAGUACCUGAAAAUUAUGAAGUUCGUCUUGAACACCUGUGACCCAGAUCUCAGCAAAGUGACCACCUGCAUGGAGCAUGCACUUCAAGCCAAAUACCCUCGCUCCCGCUAUAGUGCAGGUUGGGAUGCCAAGUUUGUGUGGCUGCCAGCCACUUACCUACCUGCCUUCAUGGUGGACAUUGUUCUGGCUACCAUCCUACCAAAGCCAGCCCACGGGGUCCGCUAGACUCCCUUAACAUCCCCCACGCUCCAGGACCAAGCCUAUGGCCCAACUGUCAAGCAAACCAACCAACCAUAUUUCCCAAGAAUUAUGAAGAAAUAAAGAUAUAAUUGUCAGUAGAGAAAA